UCCCCUCCAGCUCCCUCCUCUUUCUUCCGUGAUGACAGCGUCCUGAGGAAGAGAACUUGUAAGGAAAUCUUCACUUUCAGCUAGCUUAAGUUUCCCUGUUAGUGCCAUGACCUCAUCGCUACCCUGGAAAUUCCACUCAUCUUCCUGUGCCCCCACAUCUGGCCCAGGCUUCAGAGUCCCUAUAAAGAGGGGCUCCCAACUCAGAUCAGCACAGGACACAGGUUCUGAAGCUUCUGAACUCUGCAGGCUCAGCUCCACCGCGACCAUGAAACUCUGCGUGACUGUCCUCUCUCUCCUUGUGAUCGGGGCUGCCUUCUGCUCUCCAGUGCUCUCUGCACCAAUGGGCUCAGACCCUCCCAUAGCCUGCUGCUUCUCUUACACCCAGAGGAAGCUUCUUCGUAAUAUUGUGACUGAUUACUAUGAGACCAGCAGCCUCUGCUCCCAGCCAGCUGUGGUAUUCCUAACCAAAAAGGGCAAGCAAGUCUGUGCGAACCCCAGUGAACCCUGGGUUCAGGAGUACAUGGAAUACUUAGAACUGAACUGAAAUCUUGAAGCUUAGAAGCAUGAUGUCUACAGGGAAGGUCACCUGAACCCCAGUACUUCGUGAUGAGAUGCACCUUAUUCUCCAAGCUCACAAUACCUCUUAGUAGUUUCUGUCCCUUGUGAUAAUGUAAUCUUUGGUGUGUGCUUUGUUAUUAGAUUCAGUAUUAUUUUUAUUAUUUAUGUUUGACCCAAGGACACAUGUCUCCCAUGGAGAUGGUCCAUCAUCACUGUUUCUCUGCUACUGUGGAUACAGGAAAGAUGCAGUUGA